AUGGGUCAGAGCGUCACCGAGGAGGGGGGUUCAGGGGGAGGAAACGUUAACCCCCGAAAGCCCAUCCCCCGCUCACACACCUUCCCUAUCUCCACCCCCGGCCCUAUCCCCAGCUCUAACUCUGGCCCUAACCGAGGUACCACCCCGGGACAGGAAGUGGCACCACUCCAGAGCAACAGCCAGCGUCGCUACGGGGGGAACACGGACUCUGUCGGCCCGGGGGGCAGAGUGGUGAGGUCGGAGCGUGUGCCCAUGGGGGGUUGGGCAGAGGAGCGACGUGGAGGCCGACACCCCGACACUGUACCUGAGGAGCGCUCGGAGGACGACAUGCCUCCCAACAUACACAAGGUGACGUAACUGACCAGAGAGAUCCCCCCCCCCCUUCACAAACACAUCACACAUCCUCAUCCUACCAGAGAAGAACUUCCUGCUCAUCUGUGAACUUUCGACCAUGGCUUCACCUUUGACCCCAGAUAGACAGACCUGUGGGAUAGCAGCAUGCCGUGUUAUUCACUCUGGGCUAGAGAAGAACAAUCGAGUAACAGUGUGAAGGUGACCAGGACUUUUUCUUGACACCCUCUGUGGAUGACACUUCAGCCAAUCAAGUGACGGUGGUUGAUGACUUCAUCAUAACUGGCAGCAUGGAACCCGUAGCAUAUUUAUCGGCUUUUAUAGUUGCCUCCUAGACACUAAUCUAAGGUCAGCUUUAUGGUUUGUCGCCGUAAUGGUUACGGUUAGGAUGUGUGGAUCAGAGAUCUGUGCCUAAGGGCAACUUCUAUCCAGAGAUGACUUUUUCUCCUUUGGUGUAAACUGCCAUUAAUGUACCUUUUUAAAGAUAACAUUUAGUAAUGACAAGUUUGUCUUUUUUAAAUUCUUUGUUUUUUCUCUUUGUGUUGCCUAUAUUUAUUGUACUUACAGAGAAAGUGUGUGUGUGUGUGUGUGUGUGUGUGUGUGUGUGUGUGUGUGUGUGUGUGUGUGUGUGUGUGUGUGUGUGUGUGUGUGUGUGUGUGUGUGUGUGUGUGUGUGUGUGUGUGUGUGUGUGUGUGUGUGUGUGCGUGCGUGCGUGUGACAUGACAGAAGAGCGGACUUCCAACAAAGUAUGACUGCACUGGCACAGUGAAUCCUUUUGGGUUUGGGUGGUAGAUUUGGUGAUGGUGUUGUACAAAGACCCCCUAGACGAAGCAGGCACUAAACCGAUAUACACCGCGUGCAUAGACAUACAGGUAUGAAUCAAAUCAGGACGCUGGACUAUUCUAAGUAUAUCAUCGAGGUGUAGAUGGUUAAUAAAUAGGGAUAUACAAGAAACGCAUCAUAGUUAUUGAUUUUGUGUCAAAGCAAACUUACCAGGCUGGUUGGAACGUGUAACUUCAGCCUCUUCAGUGCCAUAUUUAUGCUCUUAAAGCAGCAAUCCAAUAGUUGAAAUGAUUGCAAAGCAUCCCCCACCACUGUUUCCGUAAAAGGUUGAAGGAUGGGGCUGGAGAAAUGGAACCACACUCAAAUUCAUAGAUGGAGCCGUGGAUGCAAGGACUUACCAUCCAUUUCGUUUUAACCAUGUUUUGAGGCUAUACAGUGUUUGUUUACAUUUACAAAUGUGUAUUUUGGCUUCUGAUGAGGUAUGACAGUGGAACUAAGCUCAUUGGGCAUUUCUACGUUUUUCUCUCCAAGAAUCAAUGGGUUUAUAUCCGAAAUGGAUGUAAGUCCAACAAUGGAAGUAGUAACUGCAGAUUGCCCCUUUUAAGCACAACCGUCUCAUAACUAUACAGCAAUGAAUCUUCAAUCAACACUAACAACUGGACAGAUUAGUCAGCAUCAGGCCAACUGCAUGUUUAUUUCUGCCCAACUGUCUGGGGGAAAAAGAGAAUGCACUUUAAUGACUUUUGUUGAAUCCAAAGCAUGUCAUUUAUCAGUAUAUUGGUUUUGAUCUGUUCAUAUUUGUAUGACUUUAUUUUAACCAGGGCUUGUGCCACCGUCAGAGAGUUGAGGUUGAGAUGCAUGGUGAUUUACAGCUGUUUGUUUUUGCUGUUCACACCGACUCUGGGCUCACAAGUAGACUAGCAUGGUCCCAGAUCUGUUUAAGUGCUGUAUAACCAGCCCCCAUAUGGUCGACCAUGCAGCACUAACAGAUCUGGGACCAGGCUAAAGAUGACAGAUGCUUCCAAUAGAUACAGUCAGAGACUCUACAGCUGGGUAUUAAUUUCUAGAUGGCAAAGGUCAUCAGCGCUGCUCGCGUCAUUGAUUGAUAUAUUCAUGUAAUUGAGUGGCCAGCCAGAGAGUCCAAUCUGAACCAGACCCUGGAUAAAAAUAGAAGGCAGAUGUGGAGGAGUUUUUUUUGGAGGGGGGGGGGGGUUCAAUGAAAACAGAAACUUUAGAAAGUGGGGGAAAACACCCCUCUCUAUGUGGCAAAAUGUCCCCCGAAGAUGAAUGUGUUCAAAUGUAUAUGUUUUAUUGUGGCAUUUUUUUUGUAAUUGACUCUUAAAAGCUAAAGUCUAUUGAUAUUUUUUUAAUUAAAUGAAUCAAAAAUCGGAAAACAAAAUGGCAUUGCACAUCUCACUAUUAAUAUCCUCACAAUAACCAGGUUUCCAUCCAACCUUUUUAUGCUAGUAAAAUACAUAACUGAAAAUACUUUUCAGUUAACUUUCCAAAUGUCGACAAAAUAAAAAAUAAAAAUAUUUUUCGGUAAAAUAAAUUAUGCAAAAAAUGUCGGUGGAAAUCCUUUGAGUUUGAGUUUAUU